AUGUUAUCAAAUAACACUCAAUACUCAUAAAAAAACACAAGCAUUGCUUAAAAGAGCAAAAGGUUGAAGAAUGAUAUUAAGCAACCCUUGUAAACCUAGUUAUAUUUUUUUUCAUUAGAUUAAGCUCAAAGAGUAAUCGACUUAGGAUGGCUUAUAAAUAUAAAUGAAUUUUACAACUUUUCCCUUCAAAUGGCAAAGCAUUAACGAUAAGAGGUUAUAUUAUUUUUCUAUUAUAAGGGGAGCUAUUCUUAAAACAAAAUUUAAAUGAUUAUGCAUUAAAUGAUUUAAAUUAAGCUAUUGAAUUGGGGUCAUUUAAUGAAGUAUCACUUUUCAACAGAGGUAAAAUGGUUUUAAUUAAUUCAGCCACUCAUUUUACAGAAAGAAAAUGUUUAAGGAAUCGUAAGAGGAUUGUGAAAAAGUGAUUCAAAUCAAUCCUAAUUAUUGAUUA